CACUGUUUGAUGAAGAGGCAUUUGUAAACUUUAAAUAUUAUUUUAAAAUGAAGAAUUUAUCGUCCAUCGAUUUCAAGGACAACGUGCGAUUCGUCGUUAGAAGGAAUCUGAAGCAAUUAGGCAUCAAAGUACCGAAGCAGAAGAACUGUAAAGUUCAACAGCCGGUUGACGAGCAAAAUAAAAGUGGCGUGUUCGGAGUGUGUCUGGAGAAGGUGACUUCUGUGAACGUUGGAGAAGAUUUUUACUGCAGUGUUCCAAAAUUCGUGGUGGAUUCUGCAAAUUUUCUUCAGCAACAUCUGGAGACAGAAGGACUCUUUAGAAAGUCUGGAUCCAUUCAAAGACAAAAAUUGCUCAAGCAAAAAGCAGAAAAUGGGGAAGAAUUUCAGAAUGUCCAACCCCAUGAUGUUGCAAGUUUGGUGAAGCAAUUUUUCAGGCAGUUACCAGAACCAUUAUUGACCAGUCAACUCCAUGAUUGCUUCAUAAAGACACAGCGAAUUAUUCAUGAUCAUGGUGACCAGACAGAUGCUGUCCUACUUCUCUGCCUUUUGUUACCCAUUGCACAUCUUAAUACACUGCAGUUUACAAUGAAGUUCUUGGCCAAAGUAGCUAAGUGUUCACAGCACAGUAAGAUGGGAACCUCAAACCUUGCCAUUGUUCUUACUCCCAACCUAAUACACAACACAAAGAAAGAAGGGAACAGUGCCACAGAAAAGCAGCUAAAGGAGCAAACAGCAGUCAUUGAUAUCCUUCUAAAAAAUGCUGAGGAAAUUGGUUUAGUAAGUGAAGAUAUCUAUGAGCGUGCAAAGAUGAUUGGAGAUGAGUUUGUUGAUGGUAUGACAUCAUCAGGUGAUGAGCUUGAUGGUGACAACAACUUGAGGCGAGGUAACAAAAGGCAGUCAAGGGCAAGGACAAGAACUGGUUCACUCUCAGGCUUUGUCUCUGGUCUGGGCCAAAGUCUUAGUAAGUUCAAGAAUUCAUCAUCCUCUAAAACACCAGUACAUACACACAGGCGUUCCAGGAGCAUGAAAGCAGAACUGAUGAGAAACAAGGUGAAAUAUAACCUUGAGGAUAAUGUGUUGGAUAAGAAAUCAGAUGACCUGGAAUUAGAGAAUUUUGUGGCUCGCACUAACCAAAGGAUGAGCCUUAGGCUUUAUAACAAGCGACGACCACCAGAUCAAAAUCUCCAUUCUACUUCACCUGCAGUCAAAAGACGAAUGAUGAAUGAUCUGAGCAAUGUUCAGGGAAUCAGCAAUCCACGUCUUAUAUCAGCCUCAACCCAGAUGUUCACCACCCCUAUUAAACCACUGCAGGUUCCUUUUAAGCCUCUUAGUGACAUGGUAAAACCUGCCCAUAGUAGGAUAUUGUUGUCAAAUGAGACAGAGCAUGUGAAAGUUGUUGAUGCUAUGUCCUAUGUGCCUUCUCCAAAUGAGAAGUAUCUUGGAACUGAUUGUCUUGCGUCACCUGGCAUAAGUUUGGGUUCACCUCACAUGUCACCAAGGCAUGAUGAAGUGUUUGAAUCACCUACAGCUGGAGCUGACAAGUACAGACAGUUUGCAGCACCACGUAGAAGAGUCAGACGACGACAUUCAUCAGGUGCGACAACUUGCUUCUCAUCCUCUCCACGGAACAGAUAUCAAGCAAGCUCUAAGCAUUCUGUAGAAAAGGAGUUAGCACAAUGCAAGCAGUCCACACACAACCCUACCUUGUUGCCAACAGAUGGAAUGGAUAUCAGUCACAUUUCAGUUGCUGCUACUGUGGAGCCAGCCAAAGAAAACAUUCCCAAGACUUGUGUUCAUUAUUCAGGAGCAGCUCUACUUAAAGAAAAUGCUAAUCUAACACCUUGUAAGUUCCACCAUGGGACCCCUCCCCUGCCAGUCAACAAUACUGAGCUCCGAGAAUUGGUGUCUCAAAGGAUUUAAAGGAUGAGUGUCAAUUAAUCAAGUAAACCUCUGGCCUAUAUUUUUUGUACUUAAUUACUACAUUUUUUGUGCACUAAGAAAAUUAGUUUUACCUGCAAUACAGGAGUAGUCUCUGGAAACUGAAGUUUGUGAGUGGCAGUAACUGACUAUAAGAAUGACAAAUUGUACUCCAACAAGUGAAGGGCAUCCUCAGAGAACUGUUGAAAAUUGCUCUGCUUGUACGUGUUUGAUCACAGGUUUCUUUUACUUUUACUCUUUUCUCCGCGGUGAGGAGUGUGAAGAUGUUGCUUAUUUCAUGAAAAACAAGGGGACAAGGAAAAAUAUCUUCCUGUCAUAAGGAAUACAGCCCCAGACCUGAGGUAAGGGGUUUGUUUCCUGAUGAGGGAUUCAAUUUUUUUCUUUGUCACCUGUUAAUAAUAUAAUGAGUUAGAUCUUUCUUUAUUUCACAACUGAUCUCAAAAUUUACCAUCUUUGUGACUCUUAACUAUUUACUCAAAAACAAUUGAUAAGGUCAUUGGAAAAUAAAGGGGAAUUUUUAUUGAGAGUAGAAAUAACAAAUCAAAUGCAAGUAAGGAUUGGGUAUUGUGCAAGUGGUGCCUUUAUUGACAACUGAGGUAAUUCCUUGAUUGCUUUGAACUGGGUACAUCUGUUACUCCAACUACCUAGACAAGGUUGAGCUAAGGUCACCAAGCUGUAACAGACAAGAAAUGUCACAGAAAUCAUUGGUUGUAGAAGUUCACACAAGGUAGCUAUCUAGAAAAUAAAUGUAAAUUUGUAUGCUGAGAAAUUGUCAAAUUAUGUUAAAAGUACACUUGUUAAUUAAUGUCAGUAGAUUUAAAUGUACAUCAGAACUUUAAAAUGUUUCAAAUAUUUCAAUAAAGAAAUUGUCAUUUAUUGUACACUUGCUACACCAACAUUCAUAGGAUUGAAGCUUUGAAAACAGACAUUCUGCUGUACACAAAAUAAAUUGUUUUGAAGAACAUA